CUCAGAAUUUCACUUCACUCAUACGCAAAUCAGAUAGAACCAUAGAGAGAGUCCAAAACUAAAAGCUAACAUUUGCAGAGAUGGCAUCCAUGACCAUGACAGCCGCCUCAUUCCUGACUGCAGGCUCAGUCUCAACCGUCGCCAAACCUUCAACUUCCAGCCGCCGGAGCCUCGUCGUGGCCAAGGCUGUAGCCAGACCCUCAGAGGGAGAAACAAAGAAGGAAGGGAGCAGCAACAGCAGUGGAAGGAGGGACUUGAUGUUUGCGGCUGCGGCUGCGGCGGCCUGCUCUCUUGCCAAGGCUGCCUUGGCGGAUGAGCCAAAGAGGGGGACCAAAGAAGCCAAGGAGAAGUAUGCUCCUGUUUGCGUCACCAUGCCAACUGCUCGUAUCUGUCGCAACUGAGGAAACCACUACGUACUUUCAUUUUCUUUGAUUCAGUCACUCAUGGUGGUUGUAUUAUAAUUGUUGUACAACUUUGUAUGAUGCUCUUGUAAUUUUUGUUGGGACAACCCUGUUAAUCUGCAUGCCUUCUUCCUCUUCUCUUA